AUGCCCGAAGAUAUACUGCGUGAGGUUUCAGAGACCCGCGGAUUCUCAGAGAUCAUCGCUAGUCAUCACGAUCCCAAGGGCGAACUCAACUGGAGAAACGGUUCUUGGAUGCAGUACUACAACCGCGCUUUACAGUACGGUACUGUCAUCAAGCUUGUCGGUGUCGCCAGCUCGCUUGAGGACAAUUUUGCGCUUGCAGAGUUCAAGAGUUGGGCAAACACUGCGCAUCCCGUGCCUUUAAUCGCCAUUAACAUGGGCGAGCAUGGUAAGCUGAGCAGAAUACUGAACGGCUUCAUGACGCCUGUAUCGCAUCCUCUUCUCCCUUCUGCUACCGCUCCGGGCCAGCUAUCAGCAGCUGAUAUCCGUCGUGGCUUGUCGCUCAUGGGUGAGGUUCCAACGCAGAAAUUCUUCAUCUUCGGUUCGCCGAUAUCACAGAGUCCCAGCCCACGUCUACAUAACAGACUUUUCCGCGAAACUGGACUUCCGCACGUUUACGGCCGCCACGAAACAACCGAUGCAAGUUCGAUUAAGGAAAUUAUCCGCUCGCCAGAGUUUGGUGGUGCCAGUGUUACGAUUCCACUGAAACAAGACGUUGUGCCUCUACUUGACGGAUUAGGCCCAGAAGUUGAAGUGAUCGGCGCACUAAACACCAUCGUCCCCGAGACCUCCAUCGACGAAACCACUGGAAAGGAAGUAAUGCGUCUCAUCGGCCGCAACACCGACUACCUCGGCAUGGUGCUCAUCCUCCGCAAAGCAGGCGCUCAAGGCAGCGGAUCCGCCCUCGUCAUCGGUGGCGGCGGUACCAGCCGCGCAGCCAUCUACGCCUUGAAGGAGAUGGGUUACGGACCAAUUUAUCUUCUCGGCCGCAACCCAUCAAAGAUGGAAACCCUAAAGAACGCGUUCCCGGCAGAGUACAACCUCCAGGUUCUAACUUCCCCCGCCGACGUCGAAGCCCUCCCGGCUAGCCCGCAAGUAGCCAUCGGCACCAUCCCCGCCGACCAACCCAUCGACAUUGCCAUCCGCGAGACACUCUGCACGCUGUUUGAAAAGGGCAAGGCUUCUGUGCGUGAUCUCGAGGGUACGGAGAGGAUUCUGCUCGAGAUGGCAUAUAAACCGCCUGUUACGGCGCUUAUCCAGCUGGCUAUGGAUAAUGGGUGGAAGACGGUGAAUGGGUUGGAGGUGUUGGUUGGACAGGGGGUGCAUCAGUUUGAGUAUUGGACGGGUGUGAGACCGCUUUAUGAGGUGGCUAGGGAUGCGGUUAUUAAUCAGACGGAUUAG